UGUGCUCAGAGCCGCUACAGCCGCCAGCGGUGUGGGAAGUGGGUGGCGGGGACGCGAGACCUGGGAUGGCGGAGACUCUGGCAGGGUCCGGCGAGUCGGGUUCUGGCACAGCCGCUGUCGGGUCGGGUACCUCGGAGGCUGGGACGCGACGGCUGAGCGACUUGCGGGUGAUAGACCUGCGGGCGGAGCUAAAGAAGCGGAACCUGGACACGGGCGGCAACAAGAGCGUCUUGAUGGAGCGGCUCAAGAAGGCGGUUAAGGAAGAAGGGCAGGAUCCUGAUGAAAUUGGUGUCGCGUUGGAAGCCACAAGCAAGAGGACAACAAAGAGAUGUGUUAAAGGACAAAAGAUGGAGGAAGAAGGUACAGAAGACAAUGGCCUGGAAGAAGAUUCCAGAGAUGGGCAGGAGGAUAUGGAUGCAGGUUUAGAGAGCUUGCAGAACCUUGACAUGAUGGAUGUGGGUGUGUUGGAAGAAAGCGAAGUUGAGAAUAGCAGUGCUCCCGACUUUGGGGAGGACGGCGCUGACAGCAUUCUCGGUUCCCUUUGUGAUAGCAAAGAAUACGUGGCGGCCCAACUGCAAGAGCUCCCGGCACAGCUCACAGAGCAUGCUGUGGAUGGGGAGGGCUUCGAGAACACUUUGGAUGCUUCAUCAUUGGACUUCAAAGUACCUCCGGAUAUUGAAGAACCUCUAUUGGAGCCAGAAAAUGAGAAAAUACUCGACAUUUUGGGGGAAACUUGUAAAUCUGAGCCAGUAAAAGAAGAAGGUUCCGAGCUGGAGCAGCCCUUUGCACAGGAUACAAGUAGCGUGGGGCCAGACAGAAAGCUUGCGGAGGAAGAGGACCUUUUUGGCAGCGCCCAUCCGGAGGAGGGUGAUUUAGAUUUGGCCAGCGAGUCAACAGCACAAGCUCAGUCGAGCAGGGCAGACACCCUGUUAGCGGUAGUGAAAAGGGAGCCCGUGGAGCAGCCAGGCGAUGGCGCGCGGACGGACUGUGAGCCUGUAGGGCUAGAGAAGCCAGUUGAGCAGAGUAGUAAAGCCUCAGAGCACACGGAAGCCUCUAGCGAGGAGGCCGCGGAAGCGCCCCCGGAAGCCUCAAGCCCAGGCCCCAGAGAUAGCAAAGAAGACGUGAAGAAGUUUGCUUUUGAAGCUUGUAAUGAAGUCCCUCCGGCUCCUAAAGAGUCCUCAGCCAGUGAGGGCGCUGAUCAGAAAAUGAGCUCUUUUAAGGAAGAAAAAGAUAUAAAGCCAAUCAUUAAAGAUGAAAAAGCAGGUCGCACCAGCAGCAGCUCUGGCCGGAACCUAUGGGUCAGUGGACUGUCCUCCACAACUCGAGCGACGGAUCUGAAGAACCUUUUCAACAAGUAUGGGAAGGUUGUCGGGGCCAAAGUGGUGACCAAUGCCCGCAGUCCCGGAGCUCGGUGCUAUGGAUUUGUUACCAUGUCGACAUCUGAUGAAGCUACAAAGUGCAUCAGCCAUCUCCACAGAACUGAGCUGCAUGGAAGAAUGAUCUCCGUAGAGAAGGCCAAAAACGAACCUGCUGGGAGAAAGCUGUCUGACAGGAAAGAAUGUGAAGUGAAGAAAGAAAAAUUAUCUAGUGUUGACAGACAUCAUCCUGUGGAGAUCAAAAUUGAAAAAACUGCGAUUAAGAAGGAGGAGAAGAUGGAGAAAAAGGAGGAAAAAAAGCCUGAAGACAUUAAGAAGGAAGAAAAAGACGAGGAUGAGCCGAAACCAGGACCUACAAAUCGGUCCCGAGUCACCAAAUCAGGAAGCAGAGGAAUGGAACGGACGGUCGUGAUGGAUAAAUCGAAAGGAGAGCCUGUCAUUAGCGUGAAAACCACAAGCAGGUCAAAAGAGAGAAGCUCCAAGAGUCAGGAUCGCAAAUCGGAAAGCAAAGAGAAGAGAGACAUCUUGUCGUUUGAUAAAAUCAAAGAGCAAAGGGAGCGUGAGCGCCAGAGGCAGCGGGAACGGGAGAUCCGAGAGACGGAGAGGCGGCGAGAGCGCGAGCAGCGCGAGCGGGAGCAGCGCCUGGAGGCCUUCCACGAGCGCAAGGAGAAGGCGCGCCUGCAGCGGGAGCGCCUGCAGCUCGAGUGCCAGCGGCAGCGGCUGGAGCGCGAGCGCAUGGAGCGCGAGCGGCUGGAGCGCGAGCGCAUGCGUGUGGAGCGCGAGCGCCGCAAGGAGCAGGAGCGCAUCCACCGCGAGCGCGAGGAGCUGCGGCGCCAGCAGGAGCAGCUGCGCUACGAGCAGGAGCGGCGGCCGGUGCUGCGGAGGCCCUACGACGAUGGGCGGCGAGAUGAUGCUUAUUGGCCAGAAGGCAAGCGUGUGGCCAUGGAGGACAGGUACCGCCCAGACUUCCCUCGGCCUGAUCACCGCUUCCAUGACUUUGACCAUCGAGACCGGGGCCAAUACCAGGACCAUGUGGCUGACAGGAGGGAAGGUUCAAGGUCAGUGAUGGGAGAGCGAGAUGGGCAACACUACUCAGACGACCGCCAUGGCCAUGGAGGACCCCCGGAGCGCCACAGCCGGGACUCCCGGGACGGCUGGGGGGGCUACAGCUCUGACAAGAGGAUGAGUGAGGGUCGGGGGCCACCGCCUCCACCCAGGGCUGGACGUGACUGGGCGGAGCACAGUCAGAGGCUAGAAGAGCAUCCGGAGCGUGCGUGGCCAGGCUCGGUGGACACAGGCACGGCGGGCCGGGAGCAUGCGCGGUGGCAAGGUGGUGAGAGGGGCCUAUCUGGGCCCUCGGGGCCAGGACACAUGGCAAAUCGGGGCGGGAUGUCGGGGCGAGGCGGCUUUGCACAAGGCGGGCAUUCCCAGGGUCACAUGGUGCCCAGUGGCGGACUGGAAGGUGGAGGACUGGCCAGCCAGGACCGGGGCAGCAGAGUCCCGCACCCCCACCCCCACCCGUACCCCCACUUCACCCGUCGCUACUAAACCCCACUCACCCCGAGUGUCCAGGUAGGCAGAUGCACUGUUGAAUAAGCUCAGCCGGAGUUACCUUGAACUUGUGGAACCUUUUAAGAAACAAAAGCAAAUCCUGCCACCAUGUUGUAGCUCAAAACAAUGUGAAUUCACUUUUUUUUUUUUUUAAUAAACGUGUUCUUCUCUGCCAUUUUUAAGACAACAUUUCUGUUAACGAGGCAUUCCAUUUUCCAUUAAUAAAAGUUUAUGGUUC